GUCUUGUGCUUCACUGGAAAAGGUUAAUGGAGACUGGAAUUGAGAUCUUGAACCCCAGAACUGAUCUUGUGCUUCACUGGAAAGGGUUAAUGGAGACCGGGAUUGAGAUCUUGACCCCAGAACUGAAAGGGUUAAUCGAGACCGGAAUUGAGAUCUUGACUCUGGAACUG